UCCUUCUCCCAAUUCUGUACUUCGACCAAACACUUCAUUUCUCUGUAACUGCAGAAGAAGAAGAAGAGUAGAAGAAGAAGAAGAAGAGUAGAAGAAGAAGAAGAAGAAGAAGAAGAAGAAGAAGAAGAAGAAGAAGAAGAAGAAGAAGAAGAAGAAGAAGAAGAAGGUUCCGCCAUGGACGCAGCAGCACCACAGCUCGUGUCCUGUGGAAUCGACACAAUUCGUCACCGAACACUACCAUCGCGCCUUCCGUUUCCGAAAACGACCGUCAGAACUCGCAAGCGCGCCGGUAAGGUUCUUGCAGUUGCGACUGAGCCGAAACCGACUAAUUCUUCUCCAAAGAAAUCCGUCAAUGGAUCAGCCAGGUCUCCCCCGGCCCCUAAAGCUGUCAACGGAGUUUCCACUAAAAUUGGAGAUGUUUCAAAGGAAAUUAAAAGAGUCAGAGCCCAGAUGGAAGAAAAUGAAGAGUUGGCAAUACUCAUGAGAGGACUACGAGGACAGAAUUUAAAAGAUUCCCUUUUUGCAGAGGAUAAUGUUGAGCUCCGUCUUGUUGAGGUAGAUGAGAGCAGUGAGUUCUUGCCUUUGGCUUAUGAUCCUGCAAGCAUAUCUGCAUAUUGGGGGAAAAGACCACGUGCUGUAGCAACUCGAAUCGUUCAGUUGCUUUCUGUUGCUGGAGGCUUUCUCUCACAUAUUGCCUGGGAUAUCAUAAACAAGAAAAUUAAGGAGAAUGAAGUUGAAAGAGCCAUUGAAUUAAGGGAGAUUGUGACCUCAUUGGGUCCAGCAUAUAUUAAGCUAGGACAAGCUCUGAGCAUUCGACCAGAUAUUCUGUCACCUGUUGCAAUGACUGAGCUGCAAAAGCUUUGUGAUAAGGUUCCUUCAUUUCCCGAUGAUGUUGCCAUGGCUCUCAUUGAAGAGGAACUUGGUCAACCAUGGCAGAACAUUUAUUCUGAACUUUCUCCUUCCCCGAUUGCUGCUGCUUCUUUAGGACAGGUAUAUAAGGGUCGUUUAAAAGAAAAUGGUGAUCUGGUGGCUGUUAAAGUUCAGAGGCCUUUCGUUCUAGAGACUGUGACUAUCGAUUUGUUUAUCAUACGAAAUUUGGGCUUGGUCCUUCGGAGGUUUCCUCAGAUCUCUUUAGAUGUGGUUGGUUUGGUGGAUGAAUGGGCAGCUCGCUUCUUUGAGGAGCUAGAUUAUGUGAAUGAGGGUGAAAAUGGGACACGCUUUGCUGAGAUGAUGAGAAAGGAUCUUCCACAGGUGGUUGUUCCAAAAACAUACAAAAAAUAUACUUCAAGGAAGGUUCUCACAACAGGAUGGAUAGAUGGAGAGAAGCUGUCCCAAAGCACGGAAAAUGAUGUCGGGGAACUUGUGAAUGUGGGAGUCAUAUGCUACUUAAAGCAGUUACUUGACACUGGAUUCUUCCAUGCUGACCCUCAUCCUGGGAAUUUGAUCCGCACUCCAGACGGAAAGUUAGCCAUACUUGAUUUCGGUUUAGUCACAAAGUUAACUGAUGAUCAGAAGUAUGGAAUGAUUGAAGCAAUCGCACAUCUCAUUCAUCGAGAUUAUUCUGCUAUAGUCAAAGACUUUGUUAAGCUUGGGUUUAUCCCAGAGGGUGUUAAUUUGGAACCAAUCUUGCCAGUCCUAGCAAAGGUUUUUGAUCAGGCUCUUGAAGGUGGAGGUGCAAAGAACAUCAACUUCCAGGAGCUGGCUUCAGAUUUAGCUCAGAUAACAUUUGACUAUCCAUUUCGGAUACCUCCAUAUUUUGCUCUUAUAAUUAGGGCAAUUGGGGUUCUAGAAGGAAUAGCUUUAGUGGGAAACUCUGAUUUUGCCAUUGUUGAUGAGGCGUAUCCUUAUAUUGCCCAGAGACUUCUGACUGACGAGUCCCCAAGGUUAAGGAAUGCCUUACGAUACACAAUCUAUGGGAAGUCUGGAGUAUUUGAUGCUGAGAGAUUCAUUGAUGUUAUGCAAGCCUUUGAGAACUUCAUAACUGCUGCUAAAAGUGGUGGUGGAGAGGAUCUUAAUGGAGAUAUGGCCGAGCUUGGUGGUCUGGAAACCCGAACAGCAUCUUCCUUUCCUCAGUUUCUUCCCGCUCCCCGCGAAUUCCAGCAAAAGCAACCAAUUGAAACAAGGGCUUCCUUAGCCUUUCUGCUGUCUGAUAGAGGGAACUUUUUUCGAGAAUUUCUUCUUGAUGAGAUUGUGAAGGGCAUUGAUGCAAUCACAAGGGAGCAGUUAGUCCGCUUAAUGUCAAUCUUUGGAAUUAGAAAUACUACACCAGUUUUUAACAUGGUUCCUUCCAUUGGACCAUUCAAGCCUGUUGCAUUGCUACCCUCGAUAACAGAAGAAGACAGAGUCAUACUAAAUAAUGUUCAAAAGAUUCUCGAGUUCUUAACGGCAGGAAGUUCGAUUUCAACAACAUCUAAAGAGGGUGUGGAUGUUGUUCGAGUUAUUCAAGAGCUUCUUCCAGUUUUGCCAGGCAUCUCAGCUACAGUUCUUCCUGAGGUGCUCAGUCGAUUAUCUUCCCGGGUAAUUGCCCGGUUAAUUCGCGAUACAAUGUUAUGAGAAAUUUGCACAACUCUACAUCUACACAUCCACGUGAUUUUAGCACACGAUUAUAUGUAGCCUAACCUGAUCAUCUUUCAGGCAUUUCUAAUGCUUAAAUGCUCUGAUUUUUCUUUUCUUUUUUAUCUUAUAUUUUUGUAUAGCAUUCAUUAACAAGAAAUGUAAAGUUGGCAGUUCUAUUGAAUGCCAGAUACUUUAUAUAAUGAAAGGAAAAAAAAAUUAUUGACAGAGA